UGUCAGCCUGAGAGGGGAGAGACAGGCUGAUGUUGCGCUCAUAGGAACACACAGUGUUGCUGGGGACGCCGACGUCCUCACACAAACCCGCUCAGUUAAUCAUCUGCCCACGCCAGGAUGCACCGCUCCGCUCUGCAAAAUCAGAGAAAUGUUUCCGCCUGUUUGUCAUUACAGCUUUCUUGACCGGUGUUGCUGGAUGUAGUAGCUAGACGCCGAAGCUCAGCAGCAGCAGCAGCAGCCUCCUCCUCCUCCUCCUCCUUCUAGUCAAGUUUUGAUCGCCUCUUCCGUCUUUUGACAGUGCGAUAUUAAGGUGUGAUUUUGCUUUUCUUUUCUUUGGGACGCGCUCGGUCUUGCGAUCAUCUUGCAGCCACACGCAGUAUGCGAGCAGAGGAGCCGGAGGCUGGUGGAGACCUGGACUGAGUGGCGGAGAUCUGUUUUUUCUUUCUUUCUGUCUCUCUCUGUCUCUCUCCCCCUCUCUUUCUUUCUUUCUUUCUUUCUCAAGACAACCGUGCGCGUCUUUUCUUUGGACACAUCUCGGAGUGGUAACUGUGGUUCGGCUCUCCAGCCCCCGCGCACUUUUCUUGGCAUUGCGAUGUCCACGAGGAAGGCAUCAUUGACGGACAAGCAGACUAAAAACGGAACGUCAAAAUAUGUGCUGGAGAGAUGCGCUUCCAUUAACGAGUAUUAUGAUAUUGCCUUCAAGGUGAUGCUGCUGGGAGACUCGGCUGUGGGGAAGACGUGCGUCUUGGUGCGCUUUAAAGAUGGGGCGUUUCUGGGAGGCAACUUUAUAGCCACCGUUGGAAUAGACUUUAGGAAUAAAGUGGUGGAUGUCGACAACCUGAAAGUCAAACUCCAGAUCUGGGAUACAGCUGGCCAAGAGAGAUUCCGCAGCGUAACGCACGCCUACUACAGAGAUGCCCAGGCGUUACUUCUGCUCUACGAUAUCACCAGCAAGUCAUCAUUUGACAAUAUCAGGGCUUGGCUGACUGAAAUACACGACUAUGCCCAGAAGGAUGUGGUCAUCAUGUUGCUCGGCAACAAGUCAGACAUGGCUGCAGAGAGGGUCGUGAAGAUGGAGGAAGGAGAGAAGCUGGCCAAGGAAUACGGUGUACCAUUUAUGGAGACCAGUGCGAAGACAGGAGUCAAUGUGGAGCUGGCCUUUCUUGCUAUAGCAAAGGAGCUGAAGCACAGAGCGACACAGCAGCCGAAUGAGCCCAAGUUCCAGAUACAUGACUACAUCGAGUCUCAGAAGCACAAGUCUGGCUGCUGUAGCCUCGUGUAGGUGAUGCUGAUCACCAGGCAGAGAGAGACACACAGAAAGAGAAAGAGGAAGAGAAAGAGAGAGAGGGAGGGGGGGAGUGGGAACGAGGUAAAAAAAAAAAAAAAAAAAGUCUACUCUCUUACAAAAAGCCAAUCCCAGCACCAAACCUGAGAAGUGGACGCCCUUGAGUUCUCCACUGAGCUUUUUAGCUGAGUGGAAAUGAAUCUGGAUUGGUCGCCAUCCCUUAUCCGAAAUGUGAAUUUAAAUCUCUUUUAUGUCAUGUGUAGAAAUGUUUGUGGUCUUUGUGGUGACAGUUGUAUCAAACAACAAGUCAGGAGUUACAAUCUGAAAUGCUAUAUCCAUCUGCAGGGACAAAAAGAAAACAGAUUUAUCGUUCUACUCUUGAUAAACAGUAGUUUUAUACGAAUGCGACUAUGCGACUGUUUAGCGUGGAUAUAGCAUUUUGCCAUGCGGCUCUGAGUUUGUUUCACCCCAGUUUUACCAGGCUGUGAACUGAAUCCCUUUUGGCCUUACAGUCUUCAUCAUUAUCCUUUGAUAACUUAGUGUGUUUGAGAAGUGGACUUCAGUCUCACAGUCAGAUUGUAGCUAAAAUGAUCCCGUCUGUUCACAUCUGUACUGCUGUUAGAUAGAAUAAAGCCAAUGUUUUGAGGGCGCUCGCCCAUUGUGUGUCUGUCUGUACAUUUAAUUCAGGGCCAGUGAAACUUCAUUCAAAGUACUGUACAUGUAACUGUGCUGGAGGAUCAUCCCACCAGUCCUCGUACAUACAAAGAGAUUAUUUUCAUGUCUUCAGUUAGAGAUUCCUCAGCAUGCAGCAUUUUUAUUUACAUUUUUUUUGCUUUUUGCCAAUCACACACAGAGAUGCAGCGCACAGCACUCCCCAAACACUGUUGUGUCUCCUCCAACGAUGGAUGUUUUUGUCCGGGCUGUACCGAAGCUGUAUUUGUUCACGCACUGCAUCGUGUAUCAUUUUCUUUGUACAAUGCUCAUUAUGAAUGUUUGCUUGUCGGACUUGCUCGAUGUCACAUUUGUCCCUCUUCCGAGGCGUCACGGUGAUCACAAAGUGCCAUGAAAAAGUGCUUUGUAAUCAUAUUAUAUAUAUAUAUAUAAAAGUAUAUUUUGUAAUGUA